AUGGGAGUUCCGGGAUUUAUCUAUUGGUUGGAUACCAACAUUUUGAGAGGACUUAAACGACAACAACAUAAACAACAAUUACAACAUGGUGAUGAUGAGCCUCAUGAAGAUAUUCCAACUAUUCAAUUUGAUAUUCCGAACAAAGAGCCUAACGUUGAAAAAAUUAUUAAAAGACAAGUAGAUAACUUUUAUAUCGAUCUUAACGGUUUAAUUCAUCCAUGUUGUCAUCCACAAGUGGGUAAAAAGCCUCAAAACGAAGAUGAAAUGAUGCAACGAAUUGUAGAUGAAUUACUAUUCUUGGCAAGAACAGUAUCACCUAAAAAUUUGUUUUAUAUUGCAGUGGAUGGUGUUGCACCUGCAGCUAAACAAGAACAACAACGUCAUCGUAGAUUUGUUGCAGUCAAUGAUCAUGAAAUUAGAUCAAAUUAUAUCAAUGAAAUUCAAGAACGAUAUAAGCAACAAAUGGAAACUCAACAUUUAAAGAAAGAGGUCAGCAAUGAGGAAAAGAAGGAUGAAAUGAAGGAUGAUGCUCUUGAACAAAAUCAACAGACUGAAAAUGAAACAAUGCAAGAAAAGAACGAAGCAACGUUAACAAACAAUAACGAGUCAACUCAGCCAGGAUUCUGGGCUCGAUUGGAAGCAAAGAAAACUCAUUGGGAUCACAAUGUCAUUUCUCCAGGAACACCUUUCAUGGUUCGGUGUAUGGAAACAGUGCACCAAGCAGCUGACUUGAUCGUUCAAGAGUUUCCAAAUGUCAAGGUCAUUGUGAGUGACAGUAGUGUUCCAGGAGAGGGUGAACACAAAAUUUUGAGUUACAUGAAAAAAGAAAAAGCAAUCAAUCCAAAAUCCUUUUCUCAUAUGGUACACGUAGUGCACGGUUUAGAUGCUGAUUUAAUCAUGCUUACCUCUUUGAUUGGUUUACCACAUAUUUAUAGUUACAGAGACAAGGAAAAUGUCAGAGACAAGAGAAGAGAGAAGGAAAUAUUUGAUAUUUCUGCAUUGGGAAAACUAUUUGCUCGAAUUAUUGUUUCAUCCAUUAUCACUCUUGACAAAACACGAAAAGCAAGAGAAGUUAAAUGGAGUAAUGAGAGUCUAGUGUCAGACGUCGUUUUACUUUUGAUGGCUGUUGGAAACGAUUUUUUACCAAAUAUUCCUUCUCUCGUCAUGCACAAUCAUGCUGCCUCCAUCAUCAUGUUUGCUUACUCAAAAUAUUUGAUUCAAUGUCUUGCGACUAAGAAAGGAAAGGGAUCUAGUAUUGACCCUUCAGAAUACUAUUUGGUUGACCACAAACAAGGAGUGAAGGUCAAUAUUAGAAAUUUCGUUAAGGCACUUUCAACAAUUCGAGACGAAUCUGUUUUCGGCUUAUUUGUUAAAAUGUACAGCAGUAAUUUAAGAAAGGCAACUGAAAAACAAGCAUCAGAUGUGUUUCAACAUGAAGACAUUAUUGAUGGUAUCAACCAAAUUGUUGGAAGUAGAGGACGUAUUCAAGAAGCGAAGUUUGACAAAGUUUGGAAAGAAGUUUCGAAAAAUUCAAUCUCUCAUGAUUCAUAUCAAAUUGUUUUCAAAAUUUUGAAAGAGUUCUACACGAGUAUCGACAAGAAGAAUUCAUCCGUCAAUCGAACCUAUGAUGAGGCAUCUAUUUUGAACCGAUGUUUAAGUAAUGCCAAUUUUGUGCUUGAGCAAAUUCCUACCAGUUUGAUUUUAAAGUAUAAGGAUGAAAUUCAUAAAGAAUAUUACGAAAAAAAGUUUGGAAACAGUUCCACAGAAUUUAGAAAGAAGUUAGUGAAGGAAUUUUUACGAGGUGUAGUAUGGUCGUUCACUUAUUAUUCAUACAAUGAUCCACCCUCUUGGACAUGGAGAUUCCCAUUUCAUUAUGGACCCGUUUUGAGUGACGUUUCUGAUUUCAUGAAAGAUCUCCAAGAUGAAGAAUUGAUUAAGGAAAUUAGCACUUUUGAAAAGGGAGCACCACUGACACCCUAUGAACAAUUACUGUGCAUUCUACCAAAAGAAAGUAUGGGAAAUUGUUUACCACAAACAUAUUUGGACAUAUUGAACGAUGAACGAUUGAAUGAAUUUUUCCCUUCAUCAUUCAAGAGAGACGGUAAUUUUUCAGGAAUUAUUUAUAAGGCAGUUUCUCUUCUUCCUUCGAUUGAUAUUUCGCUUGUGAAGAGCAUCUCAAAAGAAUUAGAUCCAUUAUUGUCAUCAGAAGAAAAACAAAAGAAUUCGGUAGGAUAUGAUGUUAUUUAUGUGGCAACCGAUUCUGAUGUGAAUCAAGAAUUAAGACAAAAGCUCAGCGAUUCUUCCUCUGAAGAAGACCCACACAUACCACUAUCCUUCAAUCAAGACAGUAUUUUAUCUGGCAUGUUCAAAAAGAUGGAUAACAAGUUAAUAUUUAACUCUUCAGAUCCAUCCAUCACACCUUCCAAUGUAUUGCAUGCCAAUGUUGCUUCCUAUCUUUACAAACCAAGUGAGGUGAAUAUUGAUAUGGCAUACCAGACACUCGAAAAGACUCCUGUUCCAAGAGGACGUUUAAAUGUCUCAUUGACCAGACAAUUAACCAAAUUCACCCAAGUUGGAACCUUUGUGAGAGAAUCAGAGAGUGACGAUUUACGCACUCUCUCUGAUCGUGGGUCAACUACCAAUACUAGCGCUCAAAAGAGAAAGUACAACAAGGAUAAGAAUGUAGAUGGACCUCGAAGAAAGGUUGCUAAAACAGAGAGUGGUCAUCCACAAGGAAAUCAACAUUUAUCAAGAUCCAAUUCUCAAAAAUCGUCACAGAAAGAAAUGGAUGAACGCAAACCUAUUAAGGCAAAGAGAAGAAUGAAUAAGCAACAGAACUCUACAGAGAAACAACAAGCAUCCGUGGUGACCAUUGAAGAUGGAAUGGAAACCACCACUGCUACAGCGCACUCUGAAGCAAAGGUUGAAACCUCUUCAUUGACGACGAAAAAGAAGGAACAUCCUACUACUGAUUCUUCAUCUAAUCACAACGAAUCAUCAACAACAACAGAAUCUACAGUAGCUGAGACAACCACAACCUCACAUCGAACGACUUCUAAGGAAGCUGAGAAGAGAAAGAAGAAACGACAACGACAAAAGGCCAAUAAGAGACUAAAGAAAGAAGCAGCUGCAUCUUCUGGUGGUAACGCAGCUACUAUGACUGUGGUGACAUCCAACAACAGCAAUGAUAGCAACACAAACCAUGUGAAGCAAGAAUCCAUGACAUCCACUCACAACAACACCAUGGUGAAGAAGCAAGAAAAAGCAACAACACCUCAAGGAUCUCAAAACAAGCAAAAAUUGAAGGAAAAUACCAAAGACAAGUUGAUGGCACUCAUGAACAAGUUAAAGAAAUAA